GUAGACUUACCAAAGUCGGCAGCAGCGACGACUUUAGUGGCGAGCUGCGAACGGAUGAAAAGCAUGAUGGUCAACUCGCAGCAGGCCCAAGUCGUACCACCGAUGCUGCUGGACCGUCUCCGGUCCGGCCGUUCGUUAGAGCCCAUUUUGUUGGCCGUUAGCAUUGCAGUUAAUCGUCAAACGUUGCUGGUAGUUGAUCCUAACAAUUGCUGGAACAUGAUUUGCUUACCACAGAGGCUGUUCAUAAUUAUAGCAUUGAUAUAAGUAGUAUAAACGACUGAUAAUAUAUAAACCAGGCAAACUUGCAAACAAAUAAGCGCUUAGAAAGUUAACGACAUAAGACAGACGAUGAUACAAGCUGAUUCAAUGGCUUGGAUUGCUAGUGGCUAUUGCAAAGAGAGAACGGCCCGCCGACGCAUUCCGACGGUGACGAUUAGCCUGGUUAAGAGUUCUUACUUAAUGCUGUUAUACGCUAUAAACAGGAAAAUGAUCAGAGCUAGAGAAGCUAUUUUCCGGAAAAGUUUGAGAUCUGCAAUUCACUACUUCGUUUUCACUAUUGAAUGCUGUGACGUAAAUAGCGUGGAAAUGGAAAACUGCUGUAAGGAAAUUAUUGGUCGCUCAAUAGAUAUAUAGCAAAUGUGUAGGGAAGCAGUGCAUGCAGUGAGUCACAAUGCUUGCUGUAUGGGCGAUAAUAGGAAGUAAAGGGUCAGAGAGAAGGUACUUGAAUAUUUUAGCUAGAACCGAAGCAAGAUAUUACAGAUCGAGUUUAUCCGGUGUUGCACCCUCUUGAGAUGCGACAUCGAGUCGAUUGUAUCGACAGAUGAUGGGGACAUAACGUUGUCUGGUAAACUUAAUUGAUGUCAUAUGUCAAGAGUUUGAAGAGUACAUGACCCAUUUUGUCGAUUGACAUGAUUGGCGACAAUCCAGAAGAAUUUCACCAAAAAUAUUUCAGUAUUACAUCAUUAUCAUCAGUGUAUAGUCGAUUCGAUUUAUUCUGUCUUAAUUUUAAUUUUCAUUCUUUCUGUCUCGUAUUCCUACUUUUGCCCUGCACCAUUCUGUACAAUGGAAACGAAUCUCGUUAACUGCAUAGUUGCGACUCCUGUGUUUUUAUUCGGGGCACUUGCCUACGACACAUGACGACGAUGAGUAGGGGUCGACUAGCAUAAGCCAUUGUUACACAAAACCUCUAAUAUUUGUUUCUGAGUCUUAACGUCCACAUGCAAGUCUGUAGCUCACGUUUUCGUUACGCUUUGCUUACACUUCUAGAGCCGGCAUAGACUAUUACAUGUGAUUCCGUCCUUUUCAUCAUCUCGCUAUCGAAUCCGGGUGGCGUAACAAGUACUCGCCGCCGCACUGCGAUUCAUUUUCCUCCCUUGACGCUGGUCGUAGCGUCAGCCAGGUUAUGUCGCACGAGCUGCUUUAACAGUAGCACCGGCAGUAACAGUUCACUCUCUAAACCAUCAGCCAUUCAUUUCAGUAUAGAUGAAAGGGUGCACACAUGGACGUACCUCAUCUUUUAUUCUUACAGACAUUUAUUCUGUUUGCUAGUAAAAACCCUAUUAAAUCGCCUGUGUUAUUACCUGUCUGAGCGAGUAACACAACCGGAAAACAUUUGGCUAACUCUUACAAGGGACAACCUACGCGGGUCGAAAAGAGCGACGGGCGCUAAGCUAUCUCAGCGUUGUCAAACAAAUGUAGCUCCGCCUCAAUAUUUCAUUUUGAUAAACGUUCCUUCCUAUGGCGUGCGUCUGUUUAUAGGCGAAUCUCCCGUAACUGUGGUUGCGUGUAUUUGAGGAUGCAACGACAUAUGUUCCUCUAAUACACGACAUUCACUUCGAGGGAAGACUUCCUCCGCUCCAAUUUGUUUUCCCACAUUGUAGCUUGGCGUUAUUAUUGCUAUUUUUAUCAUUAUAGUUAUUCUUGUUCUUUUUAUUAUUGUUAAUACGUUAAAUAGUUCCUCACUGAUGCGUCGUUGCACAAAGGCUCAUAGAAUGCUCGUAGCAGUGCAGUCGCAAAACGGCAGUAACCCGCCAGACAGCACACGUAAGGCAGAAUGCAUUAUGGCCAUCGUCAGCAGGGCUCGUCGGUACUUUCUCAAAAGCGGACUCCGCUUCUAUUGCUGUUGUCGAUGGUGUUGCACGCGUCGUCGCCGUCGCCAUUGCCAUCGCGAUUGGGGCGGUCAGCGUCAAGCGCAUGGUUCUGUGCCACAACGAGGGAUGCUCGCUGUACGGCAACUAAGGGUAUCUCAGUUUCCGCUGACUGCGACGAUACGGUCGCUGUUGAUGCUGCUUGGACUGGAACCGAGUGGUUCUCUCGUUCUUUAUUUUUUCUUCCUCUAUUUGACUCUGUGCUCGUUUCUUGUUCGCCUUGAUAUCCGACUGCCUGUACGACCGACCGCACGCCCGUCACUCCGUCCAUCCGCCUGUCCGGCGUAGACUCGCCAAGGAAUGCUGACUCAAGGAGACUUCUCCGAUUAAAUGGUAGUAGUAGUUCUUGAUAGAGAGCGCAUGGCCUCUAUGGUGUUUCUAGCGUAUGGUUCAUUUGAUCUCGAUGGUACCGCCGUCUACCGCCCACGAUUGCCAACAGACAACAGCUGCUAAGUCUACUACUGCUAUUGUUGUUCCACUUUCGUGGCCGGCGUUACAGCCGCCAUCGUUAUCCUUUUUGCUAGAGUUACGUGUAUUAAGCAACACAGCGCUGUAUCCAAAAGGGUUUUUCUUUCUCUCUCUGCACCGUUUUUCAUCUGUAAAUAUUCCCCUUCAGUGAAUUAGAUCAAGACCGCUAAUGCCAAAGGACUUCGUUGUUGAGCUGAGGCCAUACUUUCGGUCGCAACUUCGCUCAGUAACUGUAGCUAUAUUGAGUUUCACAUUUCGACUUCCAGGUUUUUACUUAGUUAUGUGUGCCGUGGGGUCGAGUCUGUGGCAUGACGUCUUUAGCGGCCGUUCGGUAUGCCCAUUUUAUAUUUUGAUGAUGCAACUGGAAACCACCGCUGCUACCAACACUGUCUAGUACUACUGAUUGAUCCAGGCAAAACUGGAUAACUGCUGCGUAAAGUCGCACCGUUGUUGUCUAUGGUCCAGCUCGCUGAAUUAUGCACAAAUAGUAUCGAUGCCGCUUCAUCUAGUUUAUCUCGUUUUUUUUUUUUUUUUUUAUCUUUUUGUCCCUCUCUGUUGACUUGCUUGUUUAACUGUCCGCGCUCAAAUAUUUGACCUAACUGGUCCUAACCAUAAAUGACGAACGCUUUCGUGUCCACAAAUGUGUAUUAUUAGUAGUAUGAAUAUAUCGUAAUAAUCUUUUUCGCUCCCUAGUAAAUACAAUACGCCAACUCUCUGCUAGACACCGCUUUUGGCCUUAUGGAAGAUGGAAAGCGGAAGGCAAAGAAACGGUUAUGCUGCCACGUAACCACGCGCAGACACGGCUUGCUCUAAGAAUUGGUCCAUCGUAAUUGGUUGGACACGAAGACCAGAUUCAGGAUGAGUGUCCGUACGACCCCUUCAACGGCCGCUGCGUACCCCAGCUCAACGGCGGUUAUUACCGUGCCAUCGUUUUCUGCGUCGUAUUCGUCAGGUGCGUCGGGCGCAUCCGAUCCUGAGCUGGACGGUCGUUUGUCGGCCUCACAAGAGAACCUCGCGGCUGCUGAUGGCGUUGUUGGAAAUGGAACCAACGCCAAUGGAGGUAGUGGCGUCAAUAGUCCAAAUAGCCAGAAUAACAGACUUGCACCACAAGGUAUUCCACCUCACGGUGAACGUCAGGAACCGCAGGGUGAAGAGACUCUGAUUGCAGAUGAGCUCAAUAACACUCUUGUCAUAAGGAAUAACGCGUCCAUUGAUGGCUAUUCAUCGCCAUUCUACGGUAAAGCUCCCCCGUACCCUGGUCUUAUGGGAGCACAAAGCACACCAAUGAUUAAUAAUCACAAAGCCAGUACCCAAGGAGUUGGAAGUCAAGCCGCUAGAGAAGUUCAGGAAAUCACGGAAAUACCGAAGCAUUACCUCGACAACAGUCCUAUGCUUAAACAUCUAGCGAAAGAGAUCCAAAUUCAACCGACGUCUUCAAACGGUUCUCCAGCCGCAGCUGACUUACCAAGUCCUUCAGGCGUAUCAAUGACCCCACAGGCCAUGCCAGUCGGGAUCACUAACUUGCAGACUUUGCAAGGGAUCCAGCCAAUUCAGGCCAACCACCAGUUGUCCGUUUUGCAAAUGUCCGUCGUCAAUGGUAGUCUUCCAAUGGCCCCUGCUGGUCAGGGUACGCUCGUGAACAUGUCACAGCUCGGAGAUAUCACUGUCCCCCAGGACGAUAACGGCAACAAAAUUAUAUCGCUUCUUUCCCAGGAGAAUCAGGCCCUCAAAGCCGAGCUUGAUCUCUGCCAUACGAAGAUCUCGCGCUUGGAAAGAAUGGAGAUCGAACUGCAGCACCUCCACGAAGCCCAAGAAGAAAUCGUAGUGGCUAAUGAAAAGCGCGAACGUCUUGAAACGGCAUUACGCACGCGAAUGGAACAGGAGAUUCAGCGGUUACGUCGAGGUCUAGCUGCUAGUCCGGCCCAUGCUGAUGCCAACUUUGUCGAAAUGCAGCAAGAGCUAUCCCGCAGAGAUCUACUUAUUGCACAGCUGCUUGGACAAAAUAAAGAACUAUUGUGCGAAAAGGAACGUAAGGACGUGGAGAUUGCCGCCCAAACAGCGACACUAGCAGAGCAACGGAAGCAUAUCGAGAUUCUAGACCACGCAUUGACGAACGCGCAAGCCAACAUCGUCCGGCUUGAAGAGGAGGCCCGCAAGAAGGAGUUCUAUGUAGAGCGGGUCCACGAACUUCAGCGAGCUCUUCAACAGAUGCAGGCAGCCAGCGAAAGACGACUCGAAAUGGAAAAACGCAUGCGAACUGAGCUUGAGAAAGAUGUUCAGAGCCUUGGAAGAAAUUUAGCAAACUCAGGAGGUGACGUUGAAGACCUUCGCAAGACAAUUAGGGAUUAUGAAGAAAAGGUCGUCUCUUUGGAAGGAGAGGUGGCGCGUUGGGAACAGAAAUACUUGGAGGAAAGCGCACUUCGUCAGAUGGCCGUGGACGCUGCAUCAGUACCCAAGGACGCUCGCAUUGCAGCUCUUGAGCGAAAUUCGGUCGAGACGGAACGACUCAUUUCACAAGUGCGAAGUGAGAAACUUCGCCAAAUGGAUGAACUACAUGCGGCACACCGUAGGGGCGCCGAGCUCGAGAGCCGUCUGAAGGACAUGGAGAGCAAACUGGCUGAGCGUGACGCCAUGAUUCGGGUGCUCCAACAACGAAGCUCGAUUCAUGCGCGAGCCGCUAGUUCUGUAGCGCUUACUCACCACCACAGAAGGACGGGUAGCAAGGAUGAGACGAUACCUGAUCGUGCGGCCAUGGAUGAAUCUCUUAAGGAGUUUGGAUCUCGUUUGGCAAAUAAGGCAAGUCUUCUGGGCAAUAUGCAGUGCGGUUCGGCAGUCGCAGGAAGUUCAUCGACACAAUCGUCGCUUCAGCUUGCUUCAUCCAACUCAAAAUCGACCUCGAAUCUCAUCUCGCCGAUUGAAGUGCCCGCCAGCAAGCUAAGCAUCUCUGCAGCUUCACUCGAACAGAAUGGCAUUGAUGGAAAUCAGGGUGACGGAGACGGUGGUACAGUGAAGGUGUGGUGCGUCUGAGUCAAGAAGCACUUAAUCAAGUGCCACCGAAUAAGAAAACGUGGUUCGAAUUCGUACGACUUUCAGCCAUCAGGUAGCCGCCACGUUUCUUAAAUACUUAUUAUUCUAGCAACGAGCAUUAAGAUAUCAUGGCUGUACGGGUAUUGAACCGCUCUGGGGUAUCACUGCGCAUUAAGGAAGCAUUCAAGGCCUCAUUGCUUCAAGGGAUCGUAAAUCAGAACUGAGGAGGUGCAACAUUUGGGUUAUAUAUAGGUCAGAGUUUUUAAGAUUCCGCGAACGUGGCCAAAGUAGUAGAAUUGUAUGUGCCAUACGUAAGCUGCUAAGCAGGACUACGGUCUUCGGGUGUCAACAACAUACCGUCUAUGGCGUUCGAGUUGUCAGAUUUCAUAGUUUUACUUAGCCGGGAAAAGGUACUGUAAAAAAACCUUCAGGGUUUGUUGUCAGUCGCUGUGCGAUAGGGCUUUGCCGUGAAUAACGAUGUCGAUUGGAAUUUCAUAUCUGAUAUUUAGUGGUGGUCGCUCCGUCUAAUUCUUCCCAUGAUAACAGAAUGAAGAUGCCUUAGUGAGAUUAUCAAUAGCUAGUUGAAUUACGGCCUGUUUCUGCGCAUGGGUAUUUCGGUGUCAUAAAAAUAUCACGUUUACAUACCCAUUCACUGCACUGAAGUGCCAAACACCUUUUAUGUAAUGAUCAAUUGCUGUAACUUCCUAAUCAGUCGCGUGUAUUUCCCUAACCAACUAUCGGGAAGAUGUGACGCCGACAAUUUUCACUGUUGAUGCAAUUGAUCUGCUAACUGACAGUAAAACUUAGCCACAAAGAUCAACACAACAGUAGAUCCCGCGACUUGAAGGGUCAUUUUCUACACCAGGAUGCACUGCUCUCGCACAUUCAUGUGCGAGUAUGCAAGUACGCAUCCGUAUUUCCUAGAAAAUGUAGCCUAUCACCGAAUAGUAGAAACGAUGUCAAAAAGUUGUUGAGGGUGGAUAUCAGCCGCUCAGAAUAGACCUCGCUUGCCUUUAUAAGCGUCCCCAGCCACCGCUUAUUUCAACCCUUUGUCUCCUAUAGCAUUUCCCGAUGAAUCAUCAACAUUGCCUUAUUGUUCCUAUCCGCGUUGAUAAUGGCAGGAGUGGUUUGUAGCAGGGGUAUGUGCCAGAUUCUACACGAAAAAUUAAGGCCGUUCAAAAGGCUUGUAUAUUGGGUGAUAGAUGACUUGUUGUGAUCCACCUCGUUACAAGGCUAAAACGAGAGUUGCACAGUGAGAGCGACAAUCUUCCUGCUGAGAUUUUGUACGGGACACCGUGCGCCAAGAUCGGACUGCGCUCGAUGUAGACCCGGAUUUGUAUUUGUUGGCAGUGUGUCAUUCAAUGAUAACGUGUUUUUUAGCGGUCACGGUUGCCUAUUUAAGCAUGCGUUAUGUAACUAAUUAGGUAUAGUCUUUUAUUGAUAUAUAAUUUUAUCAUGAAAAAUUUAUCACACAAAUUUGGAAGUUCUUAUUAAGAAGUUAUUUAUAUUGUUUUUCGUCUAAGUGAUGACAAACUAUAGAGGACAUACUUUUGGCUGAACGGAAAGUAGGCCCUACGGAAGUUUUACACUAACGGCUUUGACACUUGUGCGCGAUGAUCAAAGUAGCUUUUACGUUAAGCACACAACAAGUUAGUUGUAUAUGUAAUAUUAGUAGUAACGAUGUCAGCUCUAAUGGACAACGACAUUUAUCCAAAUAGGUGUGGUGCGAAAUCCAGCCGAAAACACUUUGUGUUAGCUUCAGACAUUGAGCCUAAGGUAAUUAGCUUUCUAUUAUACAACAGGUCGUUGCUUCUUGUACAGAUCUUUGCAUAGAAUGGAGAUAAAUAAAUGAGAGAUUUGUAUUUAUUGACUCUUAUUCAUCGCCGGGUGGCCCCUUUCGACCAACGACGAAGAAAAGAUUGUGCUACAGUAUAGUACCGAAUGUAUACAUAACAAAACACGGAUUGUGUCAAAAAAAUGUAACAACAGUAAUGAACACUUUAUAUAGCUGCGGUCGAAAUAUAUAGAUAUGAUUGCGUUUAUAAUUUGGUGAUGCUGAAGACACGAAUUAUGACAAGAAAUCGAGUUGCUGAUUUAGGGGAUGCUGGCAUCCCUUAGGUUAAAUGAAGUAAAGACUUGAAAAACAAAAUGAAAA